AUAAUUUUAUUCACGAGAUUUAGUUUGUGUGUAUAUUUUUCUGCGAAUAAACUCUGUUUUUAUGUCUCGUGCUACAGUAAUUCACACAUCGUUGUUGGAAAAAGUAUGUUUCAGUAGUAGAUUGAACGUUUCAAUGGCAAUGUCGUCUGACCCCAGCAAUAAUUCAUAUUUUAUUAAAAUUGCGAGCAUUCUAAGAUGCAGUGGAAAUAAAUCGUAAAUCAACACCAUUCUCUCAAGACGACAAUGAGUUGCCGUAAAAUUAAAAAUAAUACCAGGAAACCUUUGUGUUCGUUGGAAACAAAUAUUUUGAAACAUAAGCAAACCUUAAAAUGUCAAAAUCGUGUCACGAAAGCAAACUGGAUGAGUCCACCAAGUGGAUCUCCACUUACAAAAGAAGAAUUAACUCAAUUAUGGAUAAAGUAUUACACACAUGGACACUUUAGAGAUGAAAGUAGUGAGCUGAUAGAAAAUAAAUCAAAGAACAAAUCAAAAAAUGAAGAUAAAAUGGAUAACAAUUUUACUACGACUGAAAACACUCAAUCAAUUCGCAUCGUGUCAACUAACACUUGGAAUUGGGCACAAGUGACAGAAGUAAAUCAAUCUAACAAGAGUUUGAAUGAAAUAAAUUCAGUAAAUUUUAGAAACGAUAUUGGUAAUAUGAACGAAUUUGCUGAAGUGUUUAUCAAUCAAAAGUGGUUGAAUGAAAAAAAUACAUCUAACUUUUCAAAUAUUGAAUCAAAUGGGUGUGAAUUUUACAAUAAUAAUGAUUUUAUAUUUAAUAGUGACUCAGAAAUAAUAGAGCCUAAUCAACAUAAAUCAACCAACACUCAAUUUAAUCAAGAUUGCUACAAAGAAAACAUUGAUCCGAAUAUUUUCAGUGAUUUUAAAUAUAAUAAUAAUUAUUAUGAUCAAUAUAAUUACGGUAUGAAUAAUAAUCAUAAUAUAUCAAACGAGAUAAAUAUUGAUCAAACAAUUAAUAAUAAUUAUUGGUAUAAUGAUACCAAAAACAACUCAGCUCUAUCUUUGGAAGAAGAAUGUAAUAAUUUUGAUAAAUUAAAUUAUACAAUUAAUGAUUAUCAAAAUGAAUUAGCUUCAAAUGAUGAUUCUCUUUUAGAAUACUUUGUCGUUAUAAAAAAUAAUGAUUAAUCUGAAAAAUAAUUAAAAUAAUUUCAUUCAUUAGCCUU